GCUUGAGUUCUGAACGCUAAAGAUCCUGGAGCUGCCAAGGGUGAUGGUGCAACCCGAAAUCUUAGCACUGAGAAGAUGAAGCAGAGCGAUCCACAGUUACAGGCCCAGGGCUCCAUAAUGACAAUCCAUCCCCCCCACAAAUUAUUAAUACUACUAAUAGUAAUGACAACAACAACAACAAUAAUCCUGGAGAUUAAGAGGGUAGAUUUCUGGCUUUCUUGGUGUUCUCUAGGUCCAAUUCAGUGAGAAGAGCCAGGCCCUCCUGCCACACCCAGCCUACUGCCUCUACAAUCCCUUUCUUGGCAAUCCCUGUAUUACUCAACAUUCUAACCUACAGUCACAAUCCCGUUCUCCUUCAAGACUCAAACGCCAGGGCCUGGCUCGUUCAGAAGCAGUCCGCAUCACCCAUGUCCUCCCAGAUCUUAGGACACAAGAAGCAGGAAGUCUGAUAAGUUAACAGGCCUUGGUCCCAGCGUCCACACACCCCCUCUUCCCUCACCCCCAGCAUCCAUCCUCAGGGGUCCAGGAGUGCUGAAGCACACUCCUUCCAGUAUAACAGAACCUAAGGACUGCCCUCCCAGAGGCAGGAUGGAAGCUCAAAGGUAGGGCUAUGAGGAGGGCUGUGUCUGUGGCAGAGCGGGACUGAGCUCUCAUGGCUGUGAGAGACCAUCUGGUCCUUCAGUGAAGGACUUGCUCAGAAUCUGGACCCUAGCACGAGGGAGAAGGACGAGGGCCCGGACCUGCCAUCUGAGGAAGGGGGCUGGUAUCUGGAAUCCUAGUUCUGAAAGAAAGGGCCAGGCAGUGGACCCCCCAAGUUUGAUAGAGGAGAGCCAAGGGUUGAAAUUCUGGGAGGGUCUGGACCCCUGGGUCCGAGGGAGGAUGGCUAGGAUUUAAAUCCCUGGGUCACAGGAAAGAGUGCUGGGGUCGGAGAGAGGAAGGAACUGGGAACCCAACGCCCUAGGAAGAGGGCUGUAGGCUGAGGUGGGAGGACUGGGAUCCGACCCCAGUUUGGGGCGGGGGAGACUAGGCUCCUGUCUGCUGGGUCUAAGGGAGGUGAGCUAGCAUUUGGACAUCUGAUUCCAAGGGAUAAGGGACUUGGGAGUCUAGAGUACUGGCUCCAUGACAGACAUCCAGUUUGCUUGCAUCUUGCCUCUGGGGCCAUAGAACUCACGGGAUGAGUCUUAGCAUGGCGGAUGUUGAAGUCCAGAAGAGGGAGGGGCAAUUUCAGGAACCCCCAGUGCUCUGUCUAGGUCCCAAACUGUCUGUUCCAGGCAAUGUCCUUGUCCACCCACCUCUGCUUCCUCCCAUUUCAACACAGCCCCUCAGUCCCAUGUCCCAUGAGGAAAACAGAGGCUUUGAAAUAGGGUAAGGAGUGGCCCCCUCCCUCAGUCCUAACAGGAGGAGGGGUCCCUAGGGAAGCCGGGGGGGGGGCUGUGGGUCUCCUGGCAGGAAGGAACGGGGACUGAAUGUUAAUCGCAUCCUGAGUGAGUGUGCGAGAACACAGCGAGUGUGUGAUUCCCUCACGCUCUGGCUCCUGCAAGCCGUGGCUGCUGCUGCUGCCGCUACCACCUUCCGCCAGCGCCCGCAGCCUCCUCGGCCACCAGCGCCCUGUUGAGGGGUGUCAGCCUGGGUGGGUCCGCCUGGCCCCCAGGGGUCUCUCGUGCUACAGCCAUCUGCUAGGUGAGGAUGUGUGUCUUGGUGUCAGGCUGGCUGGUGGGGGGGGUGUGUCUGUAAGGGCUGCGGCGGCUGGUAGCUGAGGGAGGAGGGGUCUGUCUGUCUGGACCGACCCUGAGCCUCCUGUCUGCACCUCAUGACCCCCCCAAUCUGUUCCCUGAGCCCCCAAACCUGGAUGGAUGGUGUGCACCUGGGUUCUGUGCCUUCUGCCUGCAUCCAGCCGAGUGUCUGUGUGUCCCUGGAUGCCUGUGUCCUCCUGUCUGUCCAAACAGCCACUGAGAGCAGUGACAACGCGCCUCUGUUGGGGCCCUGCGCAAGCGUGUGUGUGUGUGUGUGUGUGUGUGUGUGUCUCCCUCAUCAAGCUCCGGGGGUGUUGAGGGGGAAUCCCAGGGAAGUGAGAUUGUGUGUGUGUGUGUGUGUGUGUGUGUGUAUGCAUGUGUGUUUCUGCCUGUGCUUGAGAGGGGGGGGCACGUGGGGGGGGGCGUCUAGAGGUGGCCAAGCAAGGAACGGGCAAGCAGUUCCUCUCUGAUAGGCAGCCUCACGCUCCUUAUACAAACAUACACGAGCCACUGGCUUCAGAGGUGACCCAGACAGACAGACAGAGACAAGAGAGUCGGUGCUGAGAGCACAAAGGGGAUGCCAAUAAGCUAGGGAGAGGUGAUGGGACAUGCCAGCCAGAGGAGGAGCCUGGACUAAAGCCGGCAGAGGGGGGCACCCCAGGUGGGCGGAAGGGGAUCCCCAUGGGGUCAGGCCGCAAGAGGACACCCCAACAGCCUCUGCAAUGUCCGGGGCCCAACUUCCAGCGCAACAUGUGUAGCCUCAUCCUUGUCUAGUCUGGUGGCCGCAACCUUGGGGGACAGGGCAGGGCAGGAUCAAGAAGAGGAGGGACAGAGCCGGGACAGGCAAAAGGUCCCCGCCACUGCCUGCGCUGCUGCUGCUGUUGCUGCUGCUGCUGCUGCUGCUGCUGCUACCUCGCUGCCGCCCUCGGCCUGGCCCCCAACCAGCUCCCCAACACUCCACGGAAUCUUUGGGUCUCUGGAUACCGGUUCCGGUCCUGGCCCCCCAGCAACUCCCCCCACAGAACAGGGUCAUGAAAAGGUAAGGCUGGGCAGGGGAUGAAGGGGUGGGGGUGGGGAUAUGGCCCCCUCCAAUCUAGGGCAGGGAAAGUUGGCUGGGGACCUCAAGGAGGGAAGGGGUUUGAAUGUGAGAAAACCAAACGUCUCUGCCCCCUUAUCCCUCAGGGACUAUCUUCCAUCUGCUCGCGCGCGCACUCUCUCUGCCCCUUUCCUAGGUUUCUACACCUCAAAACCACCCCAGGCCUCUAUUCCCCUGCACUUCACCCUGUCCCCGGCAGUGCAGAACUGAAUCCCACCUCUGUCGAUCUCUGCACCUCACCUUCUCCCUUCUCUACACCCCUUUCCUGCAUCAGUCUCCCCAUAGCUAGCUAUCCCUCUCUCCUUUCGCUCUCCCCUCCCAUCUCAGAGCUAUGAGUCUGCUAUUAAUACCCCCGCCAAGGACCUUGAGGGCGUCCAGUGCCCUGCAUCCAGCCCCGAGCAGCCACCCCUUCCUCGAGGUUCUGGAAUGCCCUUCCAGGACUGGGGUGGGAGACAUUGGUUUGUGUGUGCAUGAAGUGGGGGACAGGAAAUCUCUCUGCAGCACAAGGAGGGGAAGCUGCUGACCACAGCCUCCCCCAUUCCCAUAAUGGUUUAGGGGGGCAAUGGAGGCAGAGACCUCCUUCCUCCUUACGCUCUGGACAAGAUAUGAAAGGAACAACUGGGGAGGCCAGACCUAGUGGGCAGCAAGGAUGUUGGGACUGAUGGGGUCUGAGCAAAAAAGGGGGGGCUCCUUAAAGGAGAACAAGACAGAAACCAAGAUUUCCAGUUGUUGGGGUGGGAAGCGGCCAGGAUGUCCGGGUCCUGCGGAAGAAAUGAGUGGACCACUGUGCUGGGUGCGGAGGGGGUGCCUGCCAGGCCAAGUCUUCAGUCGGGAAUUUAGGGAGGACACCAUGAGAGAAAGGAGGGCCAGAACUCCUGACAGAGCAGGCUGGGGAAACCACUGCUUAGGCCACUGUGGGGACCAAGUAGAUGGCUAAACUCAUGAGGUGGAGGGCGAGAUGGACUUUGCCAACCCUGUUCUGAGCUCUGGGGACUGAUACUGGGGUGAGAUGGCUGGGCAGAAAGGUUGCCCUCAGGAAUCCUCCCUUUAUGGGAGACAAUGCCUCCUGAUGGGGUGGGGUUGAGACUGCCCUCCUAGGCCUCACAGUAACAAGAACCUCAGACCCCAAAACUGCAGAGGCCAGGGUCUGAGAUGCAAAGGAGGGGGCUGAUGGCUGAGCAGCUACCAGGAAGGGAGAGGAGAGCCAGUAUUAACCCCGCAGGGGCCAGGCCACAGCUGUGCGUUAUUUUGGGGAAAAAGGGGGGGCUAUUCUGAGCACGGAUUGAGCCAGCUGCUAGGGGAAGGAAAGGCAGUGGAGAGGAGGGACGGGAGGAGGCAUGGCCUGCAGGAGGGGGCACCCCCUUCCCUGGGGAGACAGAGGCUCAGGCCCUCCAGAAAGGUGGGAUGGCAAUUUGGAGGAUGAGGUUUCCAGGCAGGGUAGGGGGUGUGGGCCUCUGCCCCAACCCUUGCUGUCUAGAAUGGACAAGCCUGUGCUACCAUGGCAACAAGACAGGAAACUGACAGCCAAGAGAGAACCCUUCUGUAUCUGGACCCUGACCCGUUCAGAAAACCCCCAGUGCAGGCCCUUAGUGCUUUCUGGGAGCAGAGAUCAGGCCCCCAUGCCGCCUCCAUAGAUCUAGUAUCCAGGAGCCUGGGAUCCUAGCCCACCCACCCCAGGCAACUAGUAUUCAACAGGGGGCACUGGAGGCAACACUUCCUUUAAUUUACUAAAUUGCUCUGGGCUGGAAGCCAGGAAGCCCCCCCCCCCAGCAGUGCUCCACAGCUGUGCCCCCAACCCCAAGACUGGCUUGUCAUUCAGUUUCAUCAAGAACGAAAAUGAGGGGGCAGGGACAGGAGGAGGGGGCUAAGAAUGGCUUGGGGUGGUGGGUAUUUCCUCUCCUUGGAUACCCCACUAAUUUCUCCCCCCUUUCUCUCCCUGCACACCUGACCCCCUUUUCCUCUCUCAUUUCCCCCUUUACUCUCUUCCCUUUAUUCUCUUUCCCUCUGCAACCUGGCUCUGCCUUGCUUUCAUGUCUGUGCUGGGCAUCUCCCGGGUGGGGGUCUGGGUCUCUGCCUUGCCUCGCUAUUUCUGUCUUCUCUGUAUUUCAUUUGCUCUGCCUGCCUUCCUCCAUCUCCGUUCCUUCUUCCUGAGGUUGGUGUUUGCCUGACUCUGGGUGGCCGUGGGUUCCUGCCUUCUAUACCCCCAACUUUCUCAUCUAUCUCUCCGUCUCUCCUUGCCUGGCUACCAUCCUCUCGCUGGGUCCUUCUCUUGGGUCUUUGUCCAUUUGAGCCUCUCCUUCCAUUCCUCCCUGAUCAUAUCUAACUGUCCCUUCUCCUUCCAUUUCUCCCUGACCAUAUCUAACUGUCCCCUCUCCUUUGCCCUCACUCUGGUUCUGCUGGUGGUUUUUGUCCCGUCUCUGGGUCUCUUUCCCAUCUGUAUGAUCACUGUCCAUCCCAUCCCUGCCUUCUCCCCUCUUCUUACCUCUGCAUCUUCCCUGACCCCAUUACUCACCCCCUCCCGCCUUUGUGUCUCCUGGUUCCCACACUCCAUUCCUCCAUCUCACCCCCCACCCCUCCCUCUGCUUGGAUUCCAUCUUUCUCUUCCACUCCCCGCUGUCUCUUCUUGUCUCUGGACUGUGUCUAUCUCUCUUCUGCCCCUUUCUCUCUCUCUUCAUCUGUUUCUCUCUUGCUUCUGCCUCUCCGUCCCUCACCUAACUUUCUCCUCUCACCCUGACUCUGCGUCUUCCCUCACUAUCUGGGUCCCACUGCCACCUUCCCCAUCUCCGUUUCUCUAUCUCUGUCUCCUCCCGCCGUCUCGGUCUCCCCUCAUCUCUGUCCCUCAUCCCUGCUUCUCUCCGUGUCUGCCCCUCCCUCUUCUCCAUCACCCACCCUUCCCCUCUCGCCCCGUCUCUCCUGUGCCUCCCCUCGGGCUCUGCCCUCGCCUCCCGUCCGCGCAGAGGCCGCCCGGCGGGGCCCGCAGGCGAUGCGCGGCGCCGGUGGCCCCCGCGGCCCUCGGGGCCCCGCUAAGAUGCUGCUGCUGCUGGCGCUGGCGUGCGCCAGCCCGUUCCCGGAGGAGGCGCCGGGGCCGGGCGCGGCCGGCGGGGGCACGGGCGGGGCGCGGCCGCUCAACGUGGCGCUGGUCUUCUCCGGCCCCGCGUACGCGGCCGAGGCGGCGCGCCUGGGCCCGGCCGUGGCGGCGGCAGUUCGCAGCCCGGGCCUGGACGUGCGGCCAGUGGCGCUGGUGCUCAACGGCUCGGACCCUCGCAGCCUUGUGCUGCAGCUCUGCGACCUGCUGUCGGGGCUGCGCGUGCACGGCGUGGUGUUCGAGGACGACUCGCGCGCGCCCGCCGUCGCGCCCAUUCUCGACUUCCUGUCGGCGCAGACUUCGCUGCCCAUCGUGGCCGUGCACGGCGGCGCCGCGCUCGUGCUCACGCCCAAGGAGAAGGGCUCCACCUUCCUGCAGCUCGGCUCCUCUACAGAGCAGCAGCUGCAGGUCAUUUUUGAGGUGCUGGAGGAGUACGACUGGACAUCCUUUGUGGCAGUAACCACGCGUGCCCCAGGCCAUCGGGCCUUCUUGUCAUACAUCGAGGUGCUGACUGAUGGCAGCAUGGUAGGCUGGGAGCAUCGAGGAGCGCUGACACUGGACCCCGGGGCUGGUGAAGCCGUCCUGGGCGCACAGCUCCGGAGUGUCAGCGCGCAGAUCCGCCUGCUCUUCUGUGCCCGCGAGGAGGCAGAGCCUGUUUUCCGGGCAGCAGAAGAGGCUGGCCUCACUGGGCCUGGCUACGUCUGGUUCAUGGUGGGACCUCAGCUGGCUGGAGGCGGGGGCUCCGGGCUCCCUGGGGAACCCCUUCUUCUGCCAGGAGGUGCCCCACUGCCUGCGGGGCUAUUUGCAGUGCGCUCUGCUGGCUGGCGUGACGACUUGGCACGUCGAGUGGCUGCUGGUGUGGCGGUGGUGGCCAGAGGUGCCCAAGCCCUGCUGCGAGACUAUGGCUUCCUGCCUGAACUGGGUCAUGACUGCCGCGCCCAGAAUCGCACCCACCGUGGGGAGAGUCUGCACAGGUACUUCAUGAACAUCACCUGGGAUAACCGAGACUACUCCUUCAAUGAAGACGGCUUUCUGGUGAACCCUUCACUGGUGGUCAUCUCCCUCACCAGGGACAGGACAUGGGAAGUGGUGGGCAGCUGGGAACAACAGACCCUCCGCCUCAAGUACCCGCUAUGGUCCCGCUAUGGCCGCUUCCUGCAGCCAGUGGAUGACACACAGCACCUCACCGUGGCCACACUGGAGGAGAGACCCUUUGUCAUUGUGGAGCCAGCGGACCCCAUCAGCGGCACUUGCAUUAGAGACUCAGUCCCCUGCCGGACCCAGCUCAACCGUACCCACAGUCCUCCGCCUGACGCUCCCCGCCCGGAGAAGCGGUGCUGCAAGGGCUUCUGCAUUGACAUUCUGAAGAGGCUGGCGCACACCAUUGGCUUCAGCUAUGACCUCUACCUGGUCACCAAUGGCAAGCAUGGCAAGAAGAUCGAUGGAGUCUGGAACGGCAUGAUUGGUGAGGUGUUCUAUCAGCGUGCGGACAUGGCCAUCGGCUCUCUUACCAUCAAUGAGGAGCGGUCCGAGAUCGUGGACUUCUCCGUCCCCUUUGUAGAGACAGGCAUCAGCGUCAUGGUGGCACGCAGCAAUGGCACUGUGUCCCCCUCUGCCUUCCUCGAGCCCUACAGCCCCGCUGUGUGGGUGAUGAUGUUCGUCAUGUGCCUCACCGUGGUUGCCGUCACCGUUUUCAUCUUUGAGUACCUCAGUCCUGUAGGCUAUAACCGCAGCCUGGCCACGGGCAAACGCCCUGGUGGCUCAACCUUCACCAUUGGGAAAUCCAUCUGGCUGCUGUGGGCCCUGGUGUUCAACAACUCGGUGCCAGUGGAGAAUCCGCGGGGCACCACCAGCAAGAUCAUGGUUCUGGUGUGGGCCUUCUUCGCCGUCAUCUUCCUCGCCAGCUACACAGCCAAUCUGGCUGCCUUCAUGAUCCAGGAGGAGUAUGUGGACACCGUGUCUGGGCUCAGUGACCGAAAGUUCCAGAGGCCCCAGGAGCAAUACCCACCCCUGAAGUUUGGGACGGUGCCCAACGGGUCUACAGAGAAGAACAUCCGCAGCAACUACCCUGACAUGCACAGUUACAUGGUGCGCUACAACCAGCCGCGAGUGGAGGAGGCUCUCACGCAGCUCAAGGCAGGGAAACUGGACGCCUUCAUCUACGAUGCGGCAGUGCUCAACUACAUGGCCCGCAAGGAUGAGGGCUGCAAGCUGGUCACCAUCGGCUCGGGCAAGGUCUUCGCUACCACCGGUUAUGGCAUCGCCCUUCACAAGGGCUCCCGCUGGAAGCGACCCAUCGACCUGGCGCUGCUGCAGUUCCUGGGGGACGAUGAGAUUGAGAUGCUGGAACGGCUGUGGCUUUCCGGGAUCUGCCAUAAUGACAAAAUCGAGGUGAUGAGCAGCAAGCUGGAUAUCGAUAACAUGGCAGGUGUCUUCUACAUGCUCCUGGUGGCCAUGGGCCUUUCCUUGCUGGUCUUCGCCUGGGAACAUCUGGUGUACUGGCGCUUGCGGCAUUGCCUGGGGCCUACCCACCGCAUGGAUUUCCUGCUGGCCUUCUCCAGGGGCAUGUACAGCUGCUGCAGCGCCGAGGCGGCUCCACCGCCUGCCAAGCCUCCGCCCCCACCGCAGCCGCUACCCAGCCCCGCAUACCCCACCGCGCGCCCGCCCCCAGGCCCUGCACCCUUCGUGCCCCGAGAGCGAGCAGCCGCCGACCGCUGGCGCAGGGCCAAGGGCACCGGGCCUCCGGGAGGCGCAGCGCUGGCCGACGGCUUCCACCGAUACUACGGUCCCAUUGAGCCGCAGGGGCUGGGCCUCGGCGAGGCGCGCGCGGCACCCAGGGGCGCGGCCGGACGCCCUCUGUCCCCACCCGCCACACAGCCCCCGCAGAAGCCACCACCGUCCUACUUCGCCAUCGUGCGCGACCAGGAGGCGGCCGAGCCCCCCGCCGGAGCCUUCCCCGGCUUCCCAUCCCCGCCUGCGCCGCCCGCCGCCGCAGCUGCCGCCGUCGGACCGCCACUGUGCCGCCUGGCUUUCGAGGACGAGAGUCCGCCUGCGCCCACGCGCUGGCCGCGUUCCGACCCCGAGAGCCAGCCGCUGUUGGGUGGGGGCGCGGGCGGCCCGAGCGCGGGGGCCCCAAGCGCCCCGCCGCCGCGCCGCGCCGCGCCCCCACCGUGCGCCUACCUGGACCUCGAGCCGUCGCCUUCGGACUCCGAGGACUCGGAGAGCCUGGGCGGAGCGUCGCUCGGCGGCCUGGAGCCCUGGUGGUUCGCCGAUUUCCCGUACCCGUACACCGAGCGCCUCGGGCCACCGCCCGGCCGCUACUGGUCGGUCGACAAGCUCGGGGGCUGGCGCGCCGGCAGCUGGGACUACCUGCCCCCGCGCAGCGGCCCCGCGUGGCACUGCCGCCACUGCGCCAGCCUGGAGCUGCUACCGCCGCCGCGCCACCUCAGCUGCUCGCACGACGGCCUCGACGGCGGCUGGUGGGCGCCUCCGCCGCCACCCUGGGCUGCUGGGCCACCACCCAGGCGCCGGGCACGCUGUGGGUGUCCACGCCCGCACCCUCACCGCCCGCGGGCCUCGCACCGUGCGCCCGCUGCGCCGCACCACCACCGACACCGGCGCGCGGCAGGCGGCUGGGACAUCCCGCCGCCCGCGCCCACCUCGCGUUCGCUCGAGGACCUGAGCUCCUGUCCGCGGGCGGCCCCCUCACGCAGGCUCACCGGGCCCUCACGCCACGCGCGCCGCUGCCCGCAUGCUGCGCACUGGGGGCCGCAGCUGCCCCCCGCACCGCACCGGAGACACCGGGGCGGGGACCUGGGCACGCGCAGAGGCUCUGCGCACUUCUCCAGUCUGGAGUCCGAGGUAUGAUGCGGCUCCGGGAGGCCCCCGUCGCCCCCUCGGUCAGCGCAGGCCACGGCCCGAGGGGGCGCUCUAGAGUGGACAGGACCCACAUGGGUUGGGAAGGACGGAAACGGACCUGGCUGGACCCCGCCUGGAGCAGCGUCCUGCGUCC